AUGGUUUCCAACAAUUCCCAACACAAUCGCUUCGGAGACAAAAUUCACCAAGAGUACUACAACUUCUACGAGUCUACUAACAAAUUAGAAGCAUCCCCCAAUUCUUUCGUCAAAAAUGCAUCAAACUACGGCAGCCGCUGGACGUCGGACGCUGUACCAUUUUCCUAUCUCGAAGAGCACGAAUUCGGACCAUCGAAUUGGGGUGCCCUGAGCGCUAACUGCAAUGGCCUGUAUCAAAGUCCGGUUAAUUUGGCGCUCAAUCGGUCUCGGAUUGUCCACAAGAAACGUCCCCUAGAACUGGUCGGGGCCGCGAAUCGACCUGCGAGUAUAACCGUCCUGAACGAAGGUGGAUCGGCAGCCUACUUUCUUGAUUUCCGAGAAGAAAAACGUCCACGACUGCGUGGAGGGCCGCUGCCGGUGGAUUACCUGUUCUAUCAGUUUCACUAUCAUCUAGGAUCGGAGCACUCGCUCGAAGGAAAGCGCUCGGCGGUGGAGGUUCAUGUGGUAUUCUACAACAGCUUGUAUGAAUCGUUUGAAGAUGCACGCGAUCAACUGGACGGUCUGGCAGUUGUAGCGUUAAUCUACGAGGUACUGGCAAAAGAUCGCAUCCAAAAUUUAAAUAAGUGGGCUCGAUAUCUCGAUAGUGUGAUCGAGGAAGGUCGCAAAUAUCGUCCACCUGCGGCUAGGAUUUUCACGUUGCAGGAUGUCGUGCAGAACACGGUAUGGCCAUACUUUUCCUACGAAGGUAGCCUAACGACGCCGCCUUGCUCGGAAACGGUUCGCUGGCUGGUGGCCACCGAGCGCAUGCCGUUAACCAAAAGUGAACUAAAACGGAUGCGCCAACUGAAAGGCAGAGGUGGCGCGUGGGUGCAGAACGCGAGACCUACUCAGGCGCUCAACUACCGGAGGGUGAUGCUGUACUGA